AUGGAGUUCACAGCAAACGAUCAGAUUCAACAAUACUAUAACUACACUUGUCUAAGUGAACGAAACAUUCAGUUGAUGCGACGAAAAAUACUGUACAAAAAAGAACAAUACUGCAAUCACUUCGCAAGUGUUAUCAAAAACACAACUGAAUUAAACGAAAAGCUUAAUCCAAAAUUAGUCAUCAAUGCGGGUAAUUUACGAGACGUCUUACAUGAUGAGGCUUUUCUACAAAUACCGUACGACUAUGUAAUGAAAAUUGUCUUCGACUUGGAACAGUCCAUCUUUUCUCGACGCAACACUUUAAAUGGUUUGACAAGGAAGAUACAGUUUCAGCGCAAACAGUAUAAUACUUUGUUGAUGAAAAUUUUUACAUAUAAUUUUGAAAUCAACAAUUCCAAAUAUACAGAAGGUAAAAAGGAAGCACUAGCGGCUUCUUUGAAAACAAAUCGCUGUGAGGCAUCCUUACGUAUCGCGCGGAAUGUGCAAAACUGCUUGCUACAGAUUGGAAAAUUCUUAUUCAAGGAUAACUUGUGCAACAACACAUCUCUGGAGUUUUUGAAACAGAAUAUCCAAGAGCAAAUCAUACUGAUUCACAAAACAGUCAAAAUCGGUCGCCCAGUUAUAGCCGAUGUGCUUGCACUAAACAAAGAACUAAAGAAAUUAACGAAUACUUUCCGCAUCAACCGCAAAAGAAACAUGAGGUCACUUGCGGAAUGCAAAUUGAUUAUGUUGAAAGAACGUUCAGCAAUAGCGAAUGGCAGCAUGGAAGAGAUCGACCCUAAAAUGUGGUCCUUGCGUUUUAAAUCCAUGACACCAAGUAUGGAAGCGUUUCAAAAUGAGAAAGAAAACCUACAGGUUAAAAUAGAAGAUCUAAAGCAGGCUUUUUUGAGUAGAAAUGAAGCUAAUGUGCAUUUGGGGUAA